AUGACCCUGCAGCCGCCAGCCAGCCGCCGCCUUGGCCGCCAGCCCACCGGGGCAACCGGGGUCGCGGGCCGUCUCCCGCCUCCACUGAAACCACCGCUCCAAGCCAAGACUACAAUCGGGGAGCACGACGUCCUGCUCGCUGGGCAGGGGGCACUCGGGGGGCAACAGCUGCGCGCGGCGGUGGCGGGCGCCGCCGAUGGCCGCAGGGCGCUCCAGUGGCAUCUGUUCUUGACGUCUGCCUUUGGGGUCACGGUUACCACGAGGGAGCCUAGUCCCGCACCUCAAGAAUUUCUCGUUUUUCCUAAAAGCUUCAGAGACUUGUGUUCCCAUGUAAACCUGUGUCCUGGCACAAGGCAUCUGGGUGGUCAAGGGUCGCUGUCCCGUGGACACGCCUCCCCCCUUGAGGCACCCUGCUCGCUGUCAGCACCAGGAGCGGGGGGAAAGCGCGACGAGAAACUCAUCCUGCCCAUCAACUCCUCUCUGAGCGUCACCCUGCACCAGGACCAGUUGAAGACCACCACGACGGCCGCCAUCAGCAAGGACUUCACCGAGGACCGGAUCUGGCUGAAUGGCCGGGAGCAGGACGUCCGGCAGCCUCGCUUGCAGGCGUGUCUCCAGGAGAUCCGCAGGCUGGCCCAGAAGCGCCGCAGCGGAGGCGGCGAGGACCCGGCCCUCAGCCUCGGCUACAAGGUCCACGUGGCGUCGGUGAACAACUUCCCCACCGCGGCCGGCCUGGCCUCCUCGGCCGCCGGCUACGCCUGCCUAGCCUUCGCCCUGGCCCGCGUCUACGGGGUGCAGAGUGACCUCUCGGAGGUGGCCCGCCGCGGCUCGGGCAGCGCCUGCCGCAGCCUGCAUGGGGGCUUUGUGGAGUGGCAGAUGGGGGAGCGGGCAGACGGCCAGGACAGCGUCGCCCGGCAGGUGGCUCCCGAGUCGCACUGGCCAGAGCUCCGCGUCCUCAUCCUGGUGGUGAGUGGUCACCACCCGUCCGAGAAAACCUGGUCACCGGGGACAGUGGGUACCCUCAGCACCCCCGCAGGUGCCGCGGCAUCAGGCCGCAGCGGGCGGUGGGUCAGAGUCCUCAUCGCGGGAGGCAUCGUGGCCACCGCCGGGCAGUUCACACAGUGGUACUUCGGGGCCUACUCGAUCGCCGCUGGCGUGUUCGUGUGUGCCCUGGAGUACCCCCGCGGCAGGCGGCAGAGGGGCUCCACCCUGGAGCGCUGCGGACAGAAGUACAUGACCCAAGUGGUGAAGAUGCUGGGCCCCCUGUCCAGGAAUUACUACAUCCGGGCCUUCCUGCAUCUUGCCCUGGCGAUCCCUGCGGGCUUCUUGCUGGCCACCAUCCUGGGCACGGCCUGCCUGGCCAUCGCCAGCACCAUCUACCUGCUGGCGGCCACCCGCGGGGAGCAGUGGGCCCCCAUUGAGCACAAGCCCAAGGAGCGCCCGCAGGUGGGCACGACCAUCAAGCAGCCACCCAGCAACCCCCCACCCCGGCCCCCUGCCGAAGCCAGAAAGAAGCCCAGCGAGGAGGGGGAUGAGGGGGCGGGAGCUGCAGGGGUCCCCACCGGCGGCCCCCAGGUCAACCCCAUGCCUGUGUACGAUGAGGUGGUGUGACUGCUACCGCCAGGACAUGACCACAAUAAACAGGAUGAAAGCUG